AUGAUUAAUGCGGUGCUUGUUUUCAAUAACAAUGGCCAGCCACGGCUGACCAAAUUCUAUACACAACUGGAUACCCAAACACAGCAAUCUCUCAUCGCGCAAAUCUACCGCCUUGUCGCACAGCGUCCAGCGAGUGCUUGUAACUUCCUCCCUCUGCCUCCUAUCCUCUCAUCCCAAGGUGCCAGCGCAUCAGACGGACCCUCCGAUGCGCCAACACAAAUCACCUAUCGCACCUACGCUACCUUAUCAUUUAUCAUGAUCUCUACAUCCAUGGAGUCCCCUCUUGCCCUGAUCGACUUAAUACAAGUCUUCGUGGAGGCAUUGGACCGCAUGUUCGAUAAUGUCUGUGAACUCGACCUUAUCUUCGGCUAUGAGACCAUGCAUGCCGUGCUGAGCGAGAUGAUUGUCGGAGGCGUCGUCGUCGAAACUAAUGUCGAGAAGAUUGUGGCUGGUGUUCGUAGCCAGGAAGGUACUACAGGGAAGAGGAAGGCUGUUCAAGCGGCCAGUGCAAGCUUAGGACGUGGGGCUCUUCCAAGUCUGGGGGCGUGGCGGUAA